UAUGGCAUACCUUUGUGAUGGGAUAGCUUUCACCGGUCAACAUGGACUCGUCAACCGAGCAAGUUCCUUCCACUAAAACAGCAUCACAAUGAAAAGGUACUUGGUCAUCUAAUGGGUUGAUGCACAGAAUGUCUCCAGCAACGAUUAACUCUAGUAGCUUUCGUUUACCUGUUCCGUCGCGGAUAACAAUGGCCGAUCCUGCCACAUGAACCUUUUUCUUCAAUGCAACCAUGUGCUAGUUUCACCAGGGAAAAGAAUAAUGAUUAAAUUCUUCACUGAUUAUGUUCAGUAUAGCAGAUUAAACUCAGAGCCAUAAACAGGCUAGGAGGUAAUGACUUACACAGCAUCCUGGAAUUCUGGGUUUGUAGGAAUUGAAAAAUUUCGGAAAUGGAAAUGAAGAAAACAUUCUGUAAUUGGAUGAUAUUUGGGUGUGUGGCAACCAUGUUAAUGAUUUUUUUUUUCUUUUUUCCCUUAGUACUUUUUUUGUUGUUGUCUGCUGUUGCGCAUAGGAUUUGUCUUUAUUUUCGAACGAGUUGUAAGCGCCAGUUUGUGUUGUCAAAAACAUCAUAGUAGAAAUAAAAAGUAUUUAGCAUGAUUAGCUGUCUUCUUUUGUGUUGAUAAUGAGUUACUAUACGCGUUCACGAGUAUCGUCCGCCGUGUAUUCUCCCUUGAUUGAGAACGGUUAUGAAAUAACCAACGAUGUUAUAGAAAAAAAUUGUCAGUUGGCCAUAUGCUGUAAUCCGAUGUUGUCAUGGAUAGAAAAGACAGCAUUUCAGAGUCGUCACGUUCAUCAGUGUCCCAGACUUCACUAAAGAAUGUCACUAAAUAUGAUGAAGGUGGUCCCAGAAGAUCAACGAGAGCAGACUAUGAAACAGCUAUUGCAGCUACAGAAUAUGGAAAAUUUCAUUAUUGGUUGCUCCUAGCAUGUGGUUGGGCUAAUGCAGCUGAUGCUGUUGAAAUUCUAUGUGUUUCUUUCCUUUUACCGUCGGCAGAAUGUGAUCUCUUAUUAACCUCCACUGACAAAGGAAUUCUCUCUGCCAUUGUUUUCCUAGGAAUGAUGAUUGGUGGCUACCUGUGGGGAGGUUUGGGUGAUUCCUUAGGAAGACGUGGUGUUUUGAUGGUAUCAAUGACCGUCAACGCAAUUUUCGGCAUGUUGUCUAGCCUGGCCAUGACAUUUCCGACAUUUUUGGUUUUGCGAUUUUUGUCAGGUCUCGGAAUUGGUGGGAGUAUUCCUGUAACUUGGUCCUAUUAUGCCGAGUUUCAACCCAAAGCAAAAAGAGGUGCCAUGCUUUCGUUUUUGGCUGCGUUCUGGAUGGUUGGGAACUUGGUAGUUGCAGGACUUGCUUGGGCUAUUAUACCGCUUACAUUUGAGUACGAAUCAGCCAAUUUCCAGUUCAACUCAUGGAGGCUAUUUACUCUACUUUGUGGUAUUCCAAGCUUAUCAGUCGCAAUUACCCUCAUAUUCUUUCCUGAAUCGCCUCGAUAUUUGCUGUCGCAAGGGGACGAAGAGGGGGCACUAGAAGUGUUCCGUCGUAUUUAUGCCUCAAAUACCGGUAGGCCAGUUAGUCAAUACCCGUUUACAAACCUGGAGCUUGACGAUGAUAUGUUGUCAACCGUUUCUCAUCAUAGCGAAAAAUUAUUCAGAAGAAUUAAAAGGAUAUGUCAUCGAGUGGGGUCGCAAUCAAAGUUGGCUUUUGGUCCUGCUGUACGAAGAUCAAUGAUUUUAAUGAUUAUUAUCAACUUCGCCAUCCAAUUCGGUUAUUACGGGUUAUGGCUUUGGUUCCCGGAACUCUUCAAUCGAUUGCAAGUCUAUUACGAAGAUCACAAUGUUACAGUUUCCGUUUGCGAAGUCGUGGAUUUUAAACCGAAUACCACUGGACAAGACCCAUUCGAACAUUGUAAAGACGCUGCACCACCCGAUAACCAGGUUUUCAUCAACGCAUUUAUCGUAGCGAUUGCUCCUUUACCAGCUAAUAUUUGGACGAUAUUUCACAUGGAUAAGCUUGGGAGAAAAUUCUUUCUUGUGUUCAGCAUGAUUGGAUCUGGUCUGGCAGCCUUCCUUAUUUGGCUAGUUCGUAGCAGUGCCGGCAAUUUGGCGUUAUCUUGUAUCUUUGGAGCUGUGUCUACUAUGGGUUUCAACGCAUUGGACUGUCUGGGAGCGGAAUUAUUUCCUACAAACGUUCGCUCCACGGCAAUGUCCAUAACAUUGGCAGCCGCUCGGCUUGGAGCAAUAUUAGGCAAUAUUAUUUUUGGGGUUUUCGUUGAUGUUGCUUGCGCCAUUCCAAUUCUUCUAGUCGCGACACUCUUAAUGUUUGGUGGUCUACUAGGACUUUGGCUUCCGAACACUACCAAAGAACCAUUAUUAUAAGUUUAAGCAUUUAGCUAACGAUACCGGUUUGUACACACAUCCAUUAAGAAAAUUAUUAGUGUUUAAGCUAUAAAUUGGCCUCAAUUUGUUGGUAUCGUUAAUAGAAGUUCAUUACAUGAGUUCAAUCAA